CGAUUUGUCAGAUGUUUGUCAGUUUGGUAUACUGACUUCAAAGCGUUAUUUAGAUACAUAAUGAAUUUCCAAUGCGACUCCCCGGCAGAGCCAUUACGAGUGCUAAUAAUUAAUUCAAAAUCUCCGGCUGCAAAAUUCCUUGCGGUUAAAAUCCUUUCAGGUGAAAUCUUUGGAAAGAAUCAGCUCAUCGACAUUGUACUCAUGGUUUUUACAAAUGAGCAAUCCAGGGCGAGAAGCUUAAAAUUUGAGUUAGAGAAAUGUGCGUUUGCAUGUACCAACUCUAUCGAUGUUUCUUGCAAUUGGCCAAGCAUUUCAGAUGCAGACGUAUUUUGUCUCUUAACAAAUUUUGAUAAUCCUAAUGUGUUGGAUCUUACCAAGAUGAGUGAUGAUAAGCAAUUGGAUAUGUUAGAUGUGAUUAUAAACGUAGCCAAUAACCUUCACGGAUCAGUGCAAGAAGUUCAAGGAGACGAAACGGUUCUGAAAUAUGAAAUGCGUACAAAAACAAUAUUGCCUGAAAAGAAGGCCCACAAGCCAAUAUUCGUUACUGACGGUUUGGUGUCUAUACAUAUUCUGAUGUCUUUAUCUAAUUUGACAUCAGAUAUAUUUUUUUGCCCUACACCUAUAGCACCCAUCGCUAAAUCUGUUUUGGGCGAACAUCUAAAGGUCCAGUCCAAAGUUCUUAAUAACGUUCUCGUUUGGGCCGCGAAUGAUGAAAUAUUUCACGUGGAGUUUGAGAAACCAUUGAUCAUUGAGGACAGAAUGGGGGAGGCUUCGCCGUGCGACCGGGAAACUGUGGGCAAGAAUGUCCUGGCCUUGAUGAAAUUGGACCACACGCAGUUUAGUUCUUCUUGGCUGAAGAAGGAUCUCAUAGCGAAGACGGUUGCAGUUGCCCGAAAGAAUCCCUACGGAAGUAUUUACAAGGCGGCAUCCAUUGCAAAAGCUUUGCAGCAGAUUUGGUGGGCACGUCUAACCAAUGCGACACUCUACACUAAUAUGGGAGUUAUUAGUGACGGCUCUUUAGAGACUAUAAAAGGGUACCCCUACGUGUUUCCCAUAGAGUUUAGUGGUGACACUUGGAGGGUCAGUGAACGAUUUAAGGAAGAUGUUCAUCUCAAACAAGAAAUUAAAAUAAUAAAUAAAACAGUAAAAGGAUUUCAUGAAAAGGCAAGUAUAUUUCUUAUCUACGGUUGA